UUCGUCAAAAUUUUGCAAUGGUGGAAAUAGCGUACGUUCUAACUCGAAAAAUUACAUCAAAUAUAUCAGAGCGUGGACAUACUUUCAUGGAAUACUUAUAUCUAUAUGGGUGCAUUUGGUUUGUGAUUUAAAAAAUGCAAGAAUUUUGUGUGUAGCGUUUGUUUGUGCCGUGUAAUCAACAAAAACAGACUCAUUACAAAGGUCACUAAUUUGGGUUAUUCCCGCGCUCAUGGCGGCUGAUGGCACUACGAGGUGGCGAUUACGCCGUCUAGGACCUUCGGCGUCUUGUGCUAACGUUUGUGAUGUAAUGAGGUUAAAGAAUGGAAUAACAAGAUUUGGCAGAAGUUUAGAUAACGAUUUUUACCUGGAUUCAAAAACCCACAAAAACUUCAUUUCCAGACAUCAUGCAGAAAUCCGCUUUACCAAAAUUAAUGGAAAACCAGAAUUUGUUCUUUAUGACCACGGAUUAAACGGCACAUUCAUUAAUGAUGUCCGAAUGGAAAAAUCUUGUGUUUUAAAAGAAGGAGAUAAGAUUACGUUUGGCCAUACAAAUGGUUUUAAAAUAGAUCCAGGACAACAUUCAAAACAACCCAAUUCCGAGUUCCAGUUUACUUUUGAAAAAUUAGAUGAAGAUGAUAAUGAUGAUGAUUCUGAUGAAAGUUCAGAUGAUUCUGGACCAGAAUCUGAUUCAAAUCCUCAAAAUGAUCAUCUGUGUAAUCGCAAUUUAUAUAACUCCCCAGAAUAUGACCGGAGUCAGUGUUGGCAACAGGGACAAGUGCAAAAAAAUAAUCUAAAUAUUACAAAAAAGAGUGAAUGUGAUCAAGACGCUACCGUUGAGUUUACGAAAGGAUCAAUAAAAAACAAUACAAAACCUCGUUCUCCGCGAGGGAAAAAAGGAAAUAAUAUUUUACUAGGGGACAUAUGUGCUAAUAAUAUCGGUAAAAACGAUCAUAUGUUAAAGACUGGUUCUGCGUCCAAAAGACAGAAUGGAUUAAAUAACGUGAAAGAUGAGAAUUUAGAGCCGCCAGUGUUAAAAAAUCAGACAACGUUGUGUUAUUCAGACAAUGACAAAAGUGAUGAUUCGAAGGAUUCUUCGAGUGGACAAUCGAGUGAGUCGGAAACAAACACGAACAGUGAUAAAAGUGAGGACAAAUCGUCGUCGUCGGAUUCAGAACCCGAAUUAACAAUUGAUACAAGUGUGAAAAAACCCGUGUCGGCCCCAAAGACACGACGUAAAACUGCCAGUGCUAGAAAACGGAGACCCGCUCAAACGACACCGAAAAGAACUGUUACUAAAAAAACACCUGUACCCAUAAACUCUAAAUCCAAAACAAAAACGAAGGCAGCAACAACACGAGUUGAAACUUCAAUGAACAACAAAUCGAAAAAUACUAAAGAACCUCCUCCCCCUCCUGUCAAUCAUAAUAUAAACAGUCCUUCUCGGCGUAUUCUUUUUAAUAAAACAUCUCCAGCUAAUGGAAAAAGUGAUUCAAUAAAAUCUGAUAUAUUUGGAGAUCCAUAUGAUUUUAAUAGUGAUGAAGAAAGUGUGGAAGUUUCAGUUGAACCUCCAAAGGGAAAAAAUAAUUCAAAGAAAAUUUCAAGCCAAAGUGAUGUUAUAGAAAGUACAAAAACAGCUGCCUCCAUGAACAAGAAUACUAAAACAGCCAUCAAAAAUAAUAAACCUGCAGUGAAUACGAAACGGAAAAAGCCUGCAGUAGCCCCUAAAAGAAAUAAUAAAAGAGCUAAGGCUAGUUCUGAUGAUUACGGAGAUGAAAUUAUUUGGUAUGAAGGUGAAACAUGUACAUCGGAUAAUUGCUUACGACCGUCAGAUAAAACAGUAGAAUGGGUCCAGUGUGAUGAUUGUGAUCAAUGGUAUCAUACUAUGUGUGUUGGAGCUAUAUAUGCAGCAGUGAAAGACACCCAAAUGGAAUUCCAUUGUGGGUGUUAAAAUACAUAGAUAUAUAUAAAUAGUUUAACAGACAUUGUUAUCAUAGUUAGCUUCACCUCAAAUAUCUGCUCACAGCAUCCCAUAUCGUUGGUCGGAAGUCUUAAGGUCAUAUCUGGCAUAUUUUUUAAAAUUCACAUUGUUGCUUAUUCAGAAUCAAAAUUUGUUUGCCCGUUAGCGUAUUUCUAAGUUAAUCUAAACGGGUUUUAUAUAGAUAUUAUAUUUGGGAUGUUCUAAAAAAAAAAUAUGAACAUUAGGAACCAAAAUGUUGUAUUUUUACUUGAGAAAAAAAACAACUUUUGUUUUGUAGAAAAGCGUUACAAGCAAACUGAAAAUAGACAGUUGACUGCUCGUUGAAAUUGUAAUUGGGCCUGUACGAUAUCUAUUUCUGUGAUAUAUCUUUAUUGUAUAAAACUUUAAAUUGCUAACUUUCACUCAUUUCAACCCUGGAUAUGUAGCCUGAAAAGUGCGGAUAACUGCAUUUUGUUAAAACGACAAAACAUAAAUUUAGAAAUAAGACAUUCUUAAGUGACGUUUUUGUAUGAUAUCAUUUUAGGGACUCUCUUGAACGAUUUGGCAAAAGUCAGAUACAACCUUUUUGACCUCGCUGCAGCGAUAUCUUGCUUUCAUUCUGUUCUGGAAGUUUAACUUUUCUGAUAAAGGAACAUAAUUACAAACACUGUUUACGCACACACACUUUUUAGAUAGUGCUUAGUUGCACUGUGGAUAUUUCUUUUUUUUUAAUUUAUUGAAAUGUACAACAGAAUAAUGCUACAAAUGGCUGUAUUAAUAUCACUAAAAGUGUAAGAAUCAUCCGAGAUAGCACAACAAGUUUAUAAAACUGUUUAAUAGCUAGCACAUAGUAAAAAAUAUAGAUAAAUAGAUAGAUAGAUAUUAUAGAGAAAGAAUAAAAUAUGUCCUUGGCAUUUAUUAUUAUUAUUAUUAUAUAUAUAUAUAUAAAUAUUGAAGUUUAAAAUGUUCAUACAUAUGUUUUAAAACAACAGAUUUACCAAUGACAUAGCACCGUUACCCAAUUGUUAAUUGUUUAUUGUCUUAAUGAAAUAAUUCAUCAUAAUUCAUCUGUUACUCAUCAAAUUAGUAACAUUUAUGUAGCUUUUAACAUAGUUAAUAUCUUGAUAUGGAUGUAAAUGUAUUAAUGUCAGCUUAUUCGUGUUUUUUAUAAACCCAAUCAUGUGAAUAGUUAAUCUUGUCAGUUUCAACUUUUAAUUUCAACGCUCUUCUGUUGCAUAUAUUAUGAACAAAAUAUUAACCGUUAAUUGUGUCAAUUUAAAAC